AUGGUAUCAGGGAUGAACCUGAUUUUCCUAGGUUACUUUCUGAUAUGUCUGGUUUGGGGAGAUAUAAAUGAUAACGAUGAUACCUCUUCCCCUGUUUUAGAAAAAGAGCAACCCGUUAUAACAAAAGAAUAUUUUAGGGAAGAGUUUGAUGAUGAGGAUGGAUGGGAGGAACGAUGGGUUCUGUCUAAACAUAGAGCUGAUUAUGGUAAAUUUCGGAUAGGAUCAGGAAGAUUUUAUGGUGACAGAGAAAAAGAUAAAGGUCUGCAGACAACUCAAGACAUUAGGUACUAUGCAGUAUCAGCAAGGUUUCGACCUUUCAAUAAUGAAAAUCAGACCUUAGUAGUUCAAUAUACAGUAAAAUAUGACCAGCAGGUUGAUUGUGGUGGAGCCUAUAUCAAACUUUUUUCUGUCGAUGUGAAUCAAGACACCCUGAAUGAAGAGUCACCUUACUAUAUUAUGUUCGGACCUGAUAUAUGUGGAAAGUAUAAAAAGAUAGUGCAAGUUAUUUUGAACUAUAAAGAUGACUACUAUUUGACUAAAAAGAACAUUACAUGUGAGACUGAUGACUUUACCCAUCUCUACACUCUAAUUCUACGUCCUGAUUUAACUUAUGAAGUGAAGAUAGAUAAUUAUGUGGUUGAGGCUGGCCAUCUAGAAGAUGAUUGGGACUUCCUGCCUCCAAAAAAGAUAAUAGAUAAUGAUUUGCCAAAACCUGAUUAUUGGGAUGAAAGAGAAACUAUUCCAGAUCCCAUGGAUAAAAAACCAGAGGACUGGGACCAACCACAAAGAAUUCCUGAUCCUACUGUGUUAAAGCCAGAUGACUGGGAUGAAGAAAUGGAUGGGGCAUGGGAACCACCACUGAUUUCAAAUCCUGAAUAUAAAGGCAUUUGGAAACCUCGUAUAAUUAAAAACCCCAAUUAUAAUGGCAUUUGGGUCCAGCCAGAAGUUGACAACCCUGAAUACAAACCAGAUCCUAAUAUUUACAAAUAUUAUAAUAUUAGUGUCAUUGGCUUAGAAAUUUUACAGGGGAAAUCUGGUACAAUAUUUGAUAACUUUCUUAUUACAAAUGAUGAACAAUAUGCUGAAGACGCUGGGAAUGAAAUGUGGGGUGUCACUUUUGAGAGGGAAUGGAGGAGACGGGAAGGACAAGAUGCAGCGUUUAAAAAUAUUAAAGAAGAGGAGCCAAAGGGAAAAGAGACCAAGAAAGAAAAGAAGAAAAAAGCUACCAAAGUCAAAGAUGAACUCUGAUCAAUCAAAUCACUGUAUAAUUACUGUCACUCAAUCUGGUCAUCACAGUUGGGUAGUAUUGUACUUAUUUUCUAAAUGUUACACAAAAUGCAGUGGUGAUAUGAAAAUCCUGACAAUUUUUGUACUACUAGAUGGCAGUUGAAUAUUCCAGAAAACAUGUAUAGUUUCUAUAGUUUGUUUUAUACAUAUCAAUCUCUGUAAUAUUACAUUCUAUUGGUGUUCAGAAGAAGGAUUAUUUUCCAGAAAUCAUAUAGAUGGAGGAAAUUACACAGUGCAGAGAUGUGACACACAUAAUUCACACCCAUUGAUCACUAAACCACUCCUGAAUUGAAAGGGAGAGUAAUUAUUUUCAAACAUCCAUAGAUAGUCUGAAAUCUGAAUGAAAUAUUAUAAUCAGAAAUACGAAGACACCUUAUGUGUUAUUUGUUAAUUGUGUCCAGGAUGCAUGGUGGAAUGCUGUGUAAAAAAAAUCCUCAUGCCUAAUGGAUUUUCUGGAUUUUCAUGUGAUUUUUUUGCUUAAAAAUGAACUGAAAUAGAUCAUGAGAGACACAUAUGAAUCAGCCACCCCACUAAAUCAGAACAAAGACUUACAAUUAUUAGCAAAAAUGGAUUAAUUAUAAAGUUAUAGAAUUGUCAAAUUGGAAAGUAUCACAAGGCUCAUCUAUUCCAAUCAUAUGCAAUGUGGAAGAAAACCUGUUUAAACAUGUCCAGCCUAUCCCUCAAAAUCUCUAGCGAUGGAGAAUCCAAGCUUCUGUCAAAAGCUUAAACCUUUGCCUUCUUCCCAUUCAUCACAUGAAAAAAUUCUUCCUAAAAAUCUAGGCCUGAUAGGCCAUGCCAUUUGGGAUUUACAGAAACUGGAACUGAUAAAUUUGAUUUCAAAUUUUCUAAAUCCAAAUGGCCUCCAUUCAGAUGGUGAGGCUAGUCUCUCAUUAAUGAAUUUUAUGUGAUGUGGGAAGCUAAUAUUUCAUAGUAUGAUUGUUACUUUUUUGUCAUUUAGCAUGGUAGGUACAGAAUGCAUUUUGAUACAGAUGUAUAGAUAACUGUAGAAUAUUUCACAUCACCACUUCUUUCAUGCUUAAUUCUUCCUGAAGUUGUCAGAAAAACUGGUAGCUGCCACCAUGUGUAACCAUAUGACUAAACAAUAAAAGAGGUCUUCCUAUAUUUAUACAUAAAAAUA